AUGAAAUACGAUGGAGGCUGCUGGGGUACUACUACCAAUGAAUGCUCUGGCGAUGUUAUGAAGACCACCGCAUGGUUUCAUGAGGUUCAGAGCUUGAAAUCCGCUUAUAUGCCUGGUAUCGCAUGA